CAAAUCGAGGUGUUAAAUGCUCGAGGAGAAGGCUCUGUCGCCCACCCUUCUUCGUUUCCGUCAGACGCUCAUGGCCUUGUGAAGCUUCCUCUGCUCUCUGAGCCCUCGUAAGAGAACGCAGUUUCCCCCGGUGUUGCUGCCAAAUUUCAAGACCUGAAUGAGGAGGGCUGUGGCCUCAUCUCCCAGCUAGGAUGAGUCAUUUCCGGUGACAGACUCCCUCCCCCGGAAGUGAGACCUAAUGUAAACACUAGAGCCGGGUGUCAAGGCCCUGGAGGUCAGAAAGCCGUGCCGCGGGCGGCACCGAGAGCUGGGCCUGGGAUCCGGACGCACACGGAAGUCAGGGAAGCAAUCCUGGAUCAUGACUCAGCAGCCACUUCGAGGAGUGACCAGCCUGCGUUUCAACCAAGACCAAAGCUGCUUUUGCUGCGCCAUGGAGACAGGUGUGCGCAUCUACAAUGUGGAGCCGUUGAUGGAGAAGGGACAUCUGGACCAUGAGCAGGUGGGCAGCAUGGGCCUGGUGGAAAUGCUGUUCCGUUCGAACCUGCUGGCCCUGGUGGGCGGUGGCAGCAGCCCCAAGUUCUCAGAGAUCUCAGCAGUGCUGAUCUGGGAUGAUGCCCGGGAGGGCAAGGACUCCAAGGACAAGUUGGUGCUGGAGUUCACCUUCACCAAGCCAGUGCUGGCUGUGCGCAUGCGCCAUGACAAAAUUGUGAUUGUGCUGAGGAACCGCAUCUAUGUGUACUCCUUCCCCGACAAUCCCCGAAAGCUGUUUGAGUUCGACACCCGGGACAACCCAAAGGGGCUCUGUGACCUCUGCCCCAGCCUGGAGAAACAACUGCUAGUGUUCCCAGGACACAAGUGUGGGAGUCUACAACUUGUGGACCUGGCAAGCACAAAGCCUGGCACUUCAUCUGCUCCAUUUACCAUUAAUGCACAUCAGAGCGAUGUCGCCUGUGUGUCCCUAAACCAGCCAGGCACCGUAGUAGCCUCGGCCUCCCAGAAGGGCACCCUUAUUCGCCUUUUUGACACACAGUCCAAGGAAAAACUGGUGGAACUACGCCGAGGCACUGACCCCGCCACCCUCUACUGCAUCAACUUCAGCCAUGACUCCUCCUUCCUGUGCGCUUCCAGUGAUAAGGGCACGGUCCAUAUCUUUGCUCUCAAGGAUACUCGCCUCAACCGCCGCUCUGCGCUGGCUCGUGUGGGCAAGGUUGGGCCUAUGAUUGGACAGUACGUGGACUCUCAGUGGAGCCUGGCGAGCUUCACAGUGCCUGCUGAGUCAGCCUGUAUCUGCGCCUUCGGUCGCAACACUUCCAAGAAUGUCAACUCUGUCAUUGCCAUCUGUGUAGAUGGGACCUUCCACAAAUAUGUCUUCACUCCUGAUGGAAACUGCAACAGAGAGGCUUUCGAUGUGUACCUUGACAUCUGUGAUGAUGAUGACUUUUAAGGACCCUGUGGGUUGUGCUAGGGACCUGCAGUGGCAAAGUGCAAAGCAUUUAUUGGGGUGGGAGUGCUAGAAGCCACCAGCCAGCAAGCACUAAUGGGGCAGAUGCCCACUUUCCACUCCUCAGAGCAAUGCCUAAACAGCUCAUUUCUUCCAAGCACUUCUUGAUGAUUAUGUCCUUAAGGACUGUGUACCCACAAGGCCAGGCCAGGGACCCAGAGGGGCAGCAGAUGCCCUGGGGCGCCCAACCUGGAGAAGAAUACUAGGGACCCAGAGGGAGUGCCCUAAUCCAACCUGUGGGGAUAAAAAAAAAAAGUCUUCCGAGAAAGAGCCAAUCUCUGAUAUGAUGAAUUUGAAUAAAAAGCCCUUAAUAGUAUUUAUGGCUGGACUUCGGGGGUGGGGCCUGGAGGAGAUGAGGCUGAAAAGGCACUGCAGUUUCCAGAAAAGGUGUGACCCUCUUGGACAGAAAGGAGGUGGGACCCUGCUCUGGUCCUUCUGACAGUCCCUACCGUCAUCUCUGCUUAGUCCGUUUGUCUGGCCACUGUUAUUGCGCCGCCCGGAACAGGGCUCCUUGGCGCGCCUCCAUCUGGGAUUGGAUGGGAACGCCUCGCUCCGCUGCCAAUACUUAAUUUCCCGGCA